CCUGUCCCACCGUCGGCACCGCCUCUGCCCGGCGAGAGAGGGCUGGGACUUGCCGGCUUGCAGGCGCCGCCAUGGCUGCCAUAUUGGGGAGGAAGUGAGAGCGGGAGGCGGCGGCGGUGGCCAGGAAGCAGCCCUUCCCUUUUCCCUGCUGCUUCGGCGGACGCAGGCUUCACGGCAACGGCGGCUUGUGAGACCCCCGGAGCGGGCGGUGUAGAGGCGGCAGCGGGUGGUGGUGGAGCUGAGCGCCCCGGAGGCGGUGUUGGCCUAAGAUGGCGGACCCGGCGGAGUGUAACAUCAAAGUGAUGUGUCGCUUCAGGCCCCUCAACGAGUCCGAAGUGACCCGUGGCGACAAGUACAUCGCCAAGUUUCAGGGCGAAGACACCGUCGUCAUCGCGUCCAAGCCAUAUAUAUUUGACCGAGUAUUCCAGUCAAACACAUCACAGGAACAAGUAUACAAUGAUUGUGCUAAGAAGAUUGUCAAAGAUGUACUUGAGGGAUACAAUGGUACAAUAUUUGCAUAUGGGCAAACAUCAUCUGGGAAGACACACACUAUGGAAGGGAAGCUUCAUGACCCGGAUGGAAUGGGUAUUAUUCCAAGAAUAGUGCAAGAUAUUUUUAAUUACAUUUAUUCUAUGGAUGAGAAUCUUGAGUUUCAUAUUAAGGUGUCAUAUUUUGAAAUAUACUUGGAUAAAAUAAGGGACCUUUUGGAUGUUUCAAAGACCAAUCUUUCUGUUCAUGAGGACAAAAAUAGAGUUCCCUAUGUAAAGGGUUGCACAGAGCGUUUUGUAUGUAGUCCAGAAGAAGUUAUGGAUACUAUAGAUGAAGGAAAAUCAAACAGACAUGUAGCAGUUACAAAUAUGAAUGAACACAGCUCCCGAAGUCAUAGUAUUUUUCUCAUUAAUGUAAAACAAGAGAAUACCCAAACAGAACAGAAACUAAGUGGAAAGCUUUACCUUGUGGACUUGGCAGGUAGUGAAAAGGUUAGUAAAACUGGAGCAGAAGGUGCUGUGCUGGAUGAGGCCAAGAACAUCAACAAGUCAUUGUCUGCUCUUGGAAAUGUCAUCUCAGCUUUGGCUGAAAGCAGUACUUAUGUUCCAUAUCGUGAUAGCAAAAUGACCAGAAUCCUUCAAGAUUCACUAGGGGGUAAUUGCAGAACCACUAUUGUUAUUUGCUGCUCUCCAUCAUCAUACAAUGAAUCUGAAACUAAAUCUACUCUUCUGUUUGGCCAAAGAGCAAAGACCAUUAAGAACACAGUCUGUGUCAACGUGGAGCUCACUGCGGAACAGUGGAAGAAAAAGUAUGAGAAGGAAAAAGAGAAAAACAAGACUCUGCGUAACACCAUACAGUGGCUAGAAAAUGAACUCAACAGAUGGCGGAAUGGGGAAACUGUACCAGUUGAUGAACAGUUUGACAAGGAGAAGGCUAACUUGGAAGCUUUUGCAGUGGACAAGGAUAUUACUGUUGUUAAUGAUAAGCCAGCUACCACAAUUGGAGUAACUGGCAAUUUCACUGAUGCUGAGAGAAGAAAAUGUGAGGAAGAAAUUGCCAAACUAUACAAACAACUGGAUGACAAGGAUGAAGAAAUUAAUCAGCAGAGUCAGCUAGUAGAAAAACUGAAAACACAAAUGUUGGAUCAGGAAGAGCUGCUAGCAUCCACCAGACGGGACCAAGACAACCUGCAAGCAGAGUUGAAUCGCCUUCAGGCUGAAAAUGAUGCCUCUAAAGAGGAAGUGAAAGAGGUCUUACAAGCCCUUGAAGAAUUAGCUGUCAAUUAUGAUCAGAAGUCUCAGGAAGUAGAAGAUAAGGCAAAGGAAUACGAGCUGCUUAGUGAUGAACUCAAUCAAAAAUCGGUUACUCUGGCCAGUAUAGAUGCAGAGCUUCAGAAACUUAAAGAAAUGACCAACCAUCAGAAGAAACGAGCUACAGAAAUGAUGGCUUCCUUACUGAAAGAUCUUGCAGAGAUAGGAAUUGCAGUAGGAAAUAAUGAUGUGAAGCAGCCUGAGGGAACUGGCAUGAUAGAUGAAGAAUUCACGGUUGCGAGACUGUACAUUAGCAAAAUGAAAUCAGAAGUAAAAACAAUGGUAAAACGUUGCAAGCAGUUAGAAGGCACACAGACUGAAAGCAAUAAGAAAAUGGAAGAAAACGAAAAGGAGUUAGCUGCGUGUCAGCUCCGUAUCUCACAGCAUGAAGCCAAGAUCAAGUCUUUGACUGAGUAUCUUCAGAAUGUGGAACAGAAAAAGAGGCAACUGGAAGAGUCUGUGGAUUCCCUUAGCGAAGAAUUAGUUCAGCUCCGAGCACAGGAAAAAGUCCAUGAGAUGGAGAAAGAGCACUUAAAUAAGGUUCAAACUGCAAAUGAAGUCAAACAAGCUGUAGAACAGCAAAUUCAAAGCCAUCGUGAGACGCAUCAGAAACAAAUCAGUAGCCUAAGAGAUGAAGUUGAUGCAAAGGAGAAACUUAUCACUGAACUUCAAGACCAAAACCAGAAGAUGAUGCUUGAACAGGAGCGUCUUAGAGUUGAGCAUGAGAAGUUGAAAGCAACUGAUCAGGAGAAAAGUAGAAAGCUGCAUGAGCUUACAGUUAUGCAGGACAGACGGGAACAAGCAAGGCAAGACUUAAAGGGUUUGGAAGAGACUGUGGCAAAAGAGCUUCAGACUCUUCACAAUCUCCGGAAGCUGUUUGUUCAAGAUCUGGCUACUAGAGUGAAAAAGAGUGCUGAGAUUGACUCAGAUGAUACAGGAGGCAGUGCUGCACAAAAGCAGAAGAUCUCCUUCCUUGAGAAUAAUCUUGAACAGCUUACAAAGGUUCACAAGCAGCUGGUACGUGACAAUGCAGACCUUCGCUGUGAACUUCCUAAACUGGAGAAGCGACUUAGAGCUACAGCUGAAAGAGUUAAAGCUUUGGAGUCUGCACUAAAGGAAGCCAAAGAGAAUGCUUCUCGUGAUCGUAAACGGUAUCAGCAAGAAGUAGAUCGUAUAAAGGAAGCUGUAAGAUCCAAGAACAUGGCCAGAAGAGGACAUUCUGCGCAAAUUGCUAAGCCUAUCCGUCCUGGCCAGCAUCCAGCAGCUUCUCCAACUCAUCCAAGUGCAAUUCGUGGUGGAGGUGCAUUCACUCAGAACAGCCAGCCAGUUGCACUGCGUGGAGGUGGAGGACGGCAAGACAAAGUUUGCUGAAAAGUAAAUGCAGUGUGAGGAGGAUAUGAUACCAUGUAGAGGGAGUCAUUCCAUGACAAUAAUCUUUCCCUUUGGGGACUGUAGGAUUAUUUUUUUGAAAAUGUAUAAAUUAUACCUGGCCUGUACAGCUCUUCCCCCUUCUGCAAAUUCUGCGAUCUGAUUUCCC